GUACUGGGACGUUUGGCCGAGUGUAUCUUACCAAAUUUAAACAUACAGAAAAUUAUUAUGCAAUGAAAGUAUUGAAAAAACUUGAAGUUGUAAGACUCAAGCAAGUGGAACACAUUAACUCGGAAAAGCUAAUCCUUAGUCAAGUUCACCACCCAUUCAUCGAUGAUCGGAAUUUAUAUAUGCUACUUGAAUACGUCAUUGGCGGAGAACUUUUUUCCCAUCUGCGGAAAGCCGGGCGGUUUACCGCUGAUAUGACACGAUUCUAUGCAGCAGAAAUCGUUCUUGCUAUUGAAUAUUUGCAUUCUAAAGAUAUAAUUUAUCGAGAUUUAAAACCAGAAAACUUAUUAUUAGAUUGUAGAGGCCAUGUUAAAAUUACGGACUUUGGUUUCGCAAAAAGGAUCGAGGAUCG